AUGGAGGCGACGGCGGUUAGCGUGGGCAAGGCCGUUCUCGACGGCGCGCUCGGCUACGCCAAGUCCAAGGCAGCCGAGGAAAUCGCCCUGCAGCUUGGCGUCGAGCGUGAUGUGGACUUCAUCAAGGACGAGCUGCAGAUGAUGCAGUCGUUUCUGAUGACGGCCGAUGAGGAGCAAAGCCAGAACAAGGUGCUCACCACAUGGGUGAAACAGGUGGGGAUACUGGCCUACAAAGUGGAGGAUAGCCUCAUGGAUUUUGGCCUUCACUCUGAGAAAAAACCAUUCUUAGGGUGCAUUCCCCGCAAUCCAAUGGAUCGACGCCACAUCGCCAAGGAGGUGAAGGAGCUUAGGGCCAAGGUGGAGGACGUGAGCAACAGGAACCUGCGCUAUCGCCUCAUCAAGGAGAGCUCAGGCUCCAAGCCUACAGCGGCAGAGGAGCAGGCCAAAAUUGCCACUGAAGCAAUGUUUGGCAUGAACCAAGCAAGGCUUACUGCCUUGGACCGUGGAAAAUCAUCAGAGGUGAACCUCCAACAGCUGAUUACCAGCAACGAUGUGGACCUUAGGGUGAUCGCCGUGUGGGGCUGUAGUGGUGAUCUUGGGAAGACGUCUGCCAUCCAGGAGGUUUAUGAUGACCCGAAGGUAUUGGAAACGUUUGGAUUCCGUGCUUGGAUUAGGUUGAUGCAUCCUUUCAAUCCACAAGAGUUUCUCAGAAGCUUGGUAAGACAAUUUUAUGAAAAUUCACAUGAUGAUGCUGGAAAGGCGGAACAAGAAACAAGUGUCGGGGCUAAUGUUCUGGCCAAGAUGGAGAAGAUGGAUCAAAGUGAUUUAGUUCGGGUGUUUAAUGCGCAGCUGUGUAGCAAUAGCUACCUUGUUGUCAUUACCGACCUGUCCACAAUAGAAGAGUGGCAUUGCAUUAAGAAGUACUUUCCUGACAACAAGAGACAAAGUAGAAUCAUCGUUUCCACUCAGCAAGAUGAAAUUGCAUGCUUGUGCACAGAGAAACCGUAUCAGAUGUCCAAGUUCAGGCAGUUGUCAUAUGAUCAAAUUAUUUAUUUGUUCCACAAGAAGACUUCACCGGAACAGAUCAGUUUAAUAGACAACACCGAUAAAGCAAUGGUUGCUGCUGUGGAGAAGGAGAAACUGAAGGUUAUUCAUGCAUCAUGUUCUGCUGCUGAGCCCAUUUCUGACUCAAACAAAGUUACUACUAGUGAGAAACACACAGCAGUGCCCGCCGGUGAAAUACUGGAGGAAGUUACAUAA